CCACCGACAGGUAGAUACUUCUCUCUCUAAUGUUCGCCCGAGUUCUCUUGCUCUUGCCCGUCGUUCUUUCCGCGGUCUUCACGACUGCCUUCCCUGCAUCGGAAAGAGGUCUCGUUGCCGGUGCGGUGGCUGCUGAAAGCGCGUCUCUCGCAGCGCGCGCCGCAGCCCAGCCUCUUACUCUAGCCAACUCCAACUGGAUUUGGACUGGAGAAGAGGCCAGCGCAGGUGGGGACGCGCCCGUCGGUUCUCGUCCCUUCCGCAAGACUAUCCCUCACACCAGCACCAAGUGCCCGGUAUGCGCGACAAUCCUCCUUGCUACCGACAAUCUCCACACACUGUACGUCAACGGCGCUGAAAUCGGCUCAGGAGCAUCUUUCUCAGCCGCACAGGUGUACACCGUCGGUCUCAACCCAGAAUCGGACAACGUCAUCACCGUCAAUGGUACCAACACUGGAGGACCUGCCGGUCUGAUCGCUACCGUCCUCGUUGACUACGCCGACGGCACCACAGAGACCUUUGUCACCGACGCGUCCUGGAAGACCCUCAGGUCCGCUCCCCCAGCUGGAUUCGAGAACCCGAGCUUGGAUGACUCGACAUGGAUUGCAGCAGUUGGGCAGGGCCAGGAAGGUGUAUCUCCCUGGGGCCAGACCGCGCUUCCUCCCGCGCUUGAUAUGACCCAGAGCAACUGGAUUUGGACAGGCGAGACCGACUCGGCGGGAAACGCGCCGGUCGGGCACAGGGCUUUCAGGAAGACCAUCACUUCCCCGUAUGGCAAGGGCGCGGUGUGUGCGAAGGUAGUCAUCACUGUCGAUAACGCUUACACUCUCUACGCCAACGGCCAGUCCCUCGGUUCGGGCACUGACUUCAACGUUGCCCAAGCGUACUCCGUACCCCAACUGGACCCCAACCAGAACGUGUUCGCAGUCGAUGGAGAGAACACUGGUGGUCCGGCUGGUGUCAUUGCUACCAUCCUAGUAGCGUAUAACGACGGGACCUCGGCUUCCUACGUCACGGAUACUACCUGGAAGGCAUCCACCAGUCUGCCUACUGGAUUCCAGCUUCCCGCGACCGAUGAUAGCACUUGGAGCGGUGCUACGGUUGUAGGCAAGUACGGCGAUGCUCCUUGGGGAGCUAUUACCGUCCCGACUGCAUAGGUGCUCGAGCAACUAUCUUCGGAUAUCAUUCCUUUACCUUGAUGCUUUAUCUUUACAUUCACAGAAAAUAUAUACACAAGAUCUUUAAUUGAAUGUAACCUGUCUUCUGUCUCUAGUUUGAUAAAUAGUUGAAUGGCUUUGAUUUGAAGUUUGCGGGUAUUGAGGAAUCAACACAAAGCGACUGAC